CUGGGAAUGGAGUACCUUUACAGCCAGACUGGCAAAACACUUACUCCAGUGCUCCAGAACCCAGAGGAGGAAGACAGGCUGGUGGAGGAAGUUGAUGAUCAGGACCUGCAAGAUGAGGGGUUAGAGGAAGAGAUCAUGGAGGACAUCACAGUUCCAGUGCUGUAUGAGGAUGACCCUUGCCGUGAUCUUGAAAACAGCCCCUCAUCUUUGCCUUUGCAUCAGUCCCCAGCAUCGAUGGCUGAUGUGUUACUGGCUGAGCCGUCCACAUCAUCAUCUCCUGGUGGAGAACGACAGCAUCUUGCUCCUGCCCAUUCAGUGCUGUCACAGCCAUCUGACACUGGAAGCAGUAUUUCCGACGAGGCUCAGGGAGCAGUCAUUGGACCCGAUGGCAUCACUGGGUGGGAAAAGUUCCUGGAUUUGGCUGGUUUCCUGGUGGGUCUUCGUGAGGCUCCUUACCUUACUGACCAGCAGGUGACAGAGGCCAUCCAGCUGUGGAAAGCUCUCCUAGAUUUCGACAAACAGCGGGUCAACUAUCAGCCUCGACAUCAGCCUCAGCUGACACAUGGGCGCUAUAAGGCACCGAAGCGGUCUGGAGUCACACCAGGUGUGGAGAUGGCCCGACGCCAACCGCUUGGUUAA